AUGUCUUCUUCCGCAGCUGGUGAAGGCGUCCUCCCGCCCCUUUUGCCCGAGAUAUGGAGCCAUAUUUGCUAUUUCAUGCUCAAGCCGAGCCUGUCCAACCUAAGCCUCACCUCGCGCCAGAUGAACCACAUCGCCUUGCCUCACCUAUUCAGGAGCCUACGCCUCGAAGCCUUUGACGGUUCAGCCGAGCGCGUCAUCAAUAUCGCCAAGUCCCCCAAGCUGCGUGGCUUAGUCCGAGAGCUCACCAUCGACUCUUGGGUCGGAUCCGGCUUUGAAUACAAUGCAAACCAGGACUAUGAGAUUCCUACAGAUUUCAUGGACGCUUUGCCUUAUAUCCGAUGUUUCGGAAAGGUCACGACUAUGCAUCUGCGGUUCAAUGAGUUUUGUGGUGACGAUGAUCGGACCUAUUGGGCAACCGAGAUUGAAGAGACCUGGUCAUUCAGAUACAGAAUCAUUGAUACCGUGUGUCACUGUAUCGCAGGCAUGUGGACCAAAGAGCGACAGGAAAGAAUAGACAACAGAGCUGGCCUUGAAUACGACCCUGAGUAUCCCGAGGAUGAUCUGGGUGUUCCCCUGGAACAUGUCUUGCCGCUCAAGGAGCUCACCAUAUCGAACCUGGCAGACUAUGCCGAUCCUUCCAUCACUAAGUCCAAGGCAUGGAAAAAGGUUCUUUCUCUUGACAGCCUCGUCAACCUCAAGCUCUUCAUCGCCACGGAAACCGAAUCCGCUUCACCAGAGUCCGCCGUCUAUUUCGAAGAAAAGUACGAGUUCUUCGGCGACCUGCCCAAUUCAUGGCUCUCGAGCCCCAUCACCGACAACCUGCGAGUCUUGUCGCUAUUCUACUGCGACUAUUGGGGCUGGUUUCCAAAGUUCGACUUCCGCCUCAUCGGCCAAGACGGGUCUCCAUUCCCGCAGCUCAAGGUGCUUGCCCUUGGAAACUACGUCUUUAGCCAUGACUGGCAGAUAGACUGGUUCGCCUCCAUCGGGUCAAAGAAUGGCAGCGGAGGGCUAGAGGAGCUUUAUCUUGAUGACUGCCCCAUUUUGACCAGGGCUCGCCAGAUGGGUCCGCUCAGCCGCAGCGACCCUGGCUAUCCCAGGGCUGGGACGGUCAUGCAAGCGGGAAGCCGGAGGCCUGAAAUGUUUGAGUUCUCACUGCGAUGGCACCAGGUCCUCUCGCGGUGGACAGAGUCGAUGAAGGCGCUAAAGGUCUUUCGAAUGGGUCAUGGUGCCUGGCACUCACCUGCGCCAGCGGAUGCCAAAAUGUUUCGAGAAGAUGCAGAUGAUGAUGGCUAUGGCAUGGACGCCAGCACGUACCAUCGCAUUUCCUACAAUACCCACCGAAGCUUUGGUGGAAAUGGCAUCUCGGUGACGGAAGAAUCACGCAUGCAGUACACAGAGUACGACAUCGGCACCGGGCCUAGUCCAUGGCUCGAGGGUGGUAGAUACUACGCGGGGGAUGCUGAAUCACCUGCUGUGACGGAGGAGACGCGGAGCAAGGACGAGGGAGCUUAUGAGGCACUUUUUGCUGCGGUAAGUGCCAGGCAGCAGGAUGCAAGAGGUGAGCUGUGA